CGACCUAAAGACGGAUGGAGGGGAUAUGGGGCUACUGAUGCCGCUCUCAUUGAGCAGAUGUUGCCGGGAGAGACGGUGCUACUGCAACAAGAGACAAGACGCGGCUUGGAUCGCAAAUAGGAUCAGUGCGCAUGCGCUCUCCGCGCCGCUUACUGUAUAUUCACGGUGGGGGAAAGCGGAGAACGGGCAACAAAAGCAGUCUUUUAAAACAACAAAGUCACUUCUGCUAUAUAAUAAAUCUCCAGGGAACAAACUGGGAAAUCAACAGGUGCGAUGACACAAAACGAACAAAGGAUGCCUUAGAAGAGAGAGGGAGACAGAGAGAGAGAGACACCCUUUCAAGCCGCCGGGAUUAUAUACAUUGUACACGCGCGUAUCUUUUUCUUUAAAAAAGGGAAGCACGCGGAAUGGAUCUGUGUCCUCCCCGGCGCACGCGGAUCAUGAGACGUGAUUGAAGCGAGUUGUCCCAUGAUUCCCCCUUCUCCAUCUAUGGCGAACUUCAGCCAUGCGGCCGAGCACAGCUUCCUGCAGAGCGUCUCCCCGUUGGCCACCUUCCUGAAGCUCACCUCCCUCGGGUUCAUCAUCGGCGUGGGGGUGGUGGGCAACCUGCUCAUCUCCGUCCUGCUGGUGAAAGACCGGAGCCUCCACCGCACGCCCUACUACUUCCUGCUGGACCUGUGCGCCUCGGACAUCCUGCGCUCGGCCGUCUGUUUCCCGUUCGUCUUCUCGUCGGUGAAGAACGGCUCGGCGUGGACGUACGGCGCGCUCACCUGCAAGGUGAUCGCCUUCCUGGGCGUGCUCUCCUGCUUCCACACGGCGUUCAUGCUCUUCUGCGUUAGCGUGACGCGCUACCUAGCCAUAGCGCACCACCGCUUCUACACCAAGCGGCUGACCUUCUGGACCUGCCUGGCCGUCAUCUGCAUGGUGUGGACGCUGUCGGUGGCCAUGGCGUUCCCGCCGGUGCUGGACGUGGGCACGUACUCGUUCAUCCGCGAGGAGGACCAGUGCACCUUCCAGCACCGCUCGUUCCGCGCCAACGACUCGCUGGGCUUCAUGCUGCUGCUGGCGCUCAUCCUGCUGGCCACGCAGCUCGUCUACCUCAAGCUCAUCUUCUUCGUGCACGACCGGCGGAAGAUGAAGCCCGUGCAGUUCGUGCCGGCCGUCAGCCAGAACUGGACCUUCCACGGCCCCGGGGCCAGCGGCCAGGCGGCCGCCAACUGGCUGGCGGGGUUCGGGAGGGGCCCCACGCCGCCCACCCUGCUGGGGAUCCGGCAGAACACCAACGCGGCGGGCCGGAGGCGGCUGCUGGUGCUGGACGAGUUCAAGACGGAGAAGCGGAUAAGCAGGAUGUUCUACGCCGUCACCUUCUUCUUCCUGGCCCUGUGGGGCCCCUACCUGGUGGCUUGCUACUGGAGGGUGUUCACCCGGGGCCCCGUGGUGCCCGGGGGGUACCUGACCGCGGCCGUCUGGAUGAGUUUCGCCCAGGCGGGUGUCAACCCGUUCAUCUGCAUCUUCUCCAACAGGGAGCUGAGGAGGUGUUUCAGCGCCACCCUGCUUUACUGCAGGAAGUCCAGGUUGCCUAGGGAACCCUACUGCGUUAUAUGAGGGCUGGGUUUCUGCGGCCAGACGGAACGACGCUCCCUUCAAAGAGCCGGCAGAUAUCAGGACCGUCAGUCGUUAAUUUCAGAACGUUAAUUAAAAACGGGGGGGCGCACCUGUGGAAUAAUCUGCUGGAACACAAGUGUUUAUGUUCUAGUAAACCGUUGCUCUGGAAACGCCGGUGGAAGCUACAGUAAGCUAAACGGAUCAAAACAAAAGACUCAGCCCCCUCCUGUAUUGGAUUUCAAGAUUUUUCUAUAAUCUGUGGAUUUUUUGGGGGGGAGGGGGGACAAACAAAAACAAUUACCUCUGAGGAAUGGUGGGGAUUUUUUUUUACAUUGAAAAGUUGCACUAAAGAGAAGAUAUGAACGUGUUUUUUCUUUCUUGUUGCAAGGACAUCUUUGGUUAUUUUUCACAUGACACAUAUUGCUUUCAUUUUGAAAAGAUGUGUGAUUUGCUGUAAGUAAUGGAAUAAGUGGCCAGCACUGUUUGGACUACACCUUCACAGGAGGAUAAAAAAGUGAUUUCAGUGUAAGUGUUAUUUUUAAUUUCGGGGGUAGGAGGGUGGGAGCGGGUUGGCCAGCUAAGGGGAUAAUAUUGUCCCCUUUGAUGUUACAGUGUAAUUAGAUUAUUAACCAUAUUUAUUAUUAAUCAUAUUUCCCUUUGAAUAUCAUUGUUAUGUUUCUCGACUAUUUUUAUGGAAAUGAAAUGAGUGUUUGCUAACACGUCACCUUUGAGAAGACAACGAAUGCCCAGAUAAACCACGGAGAAGAAAUGUGUCUUAUCCGCUCAGUUCUGUCCCGGGAGCACUGCUCGUGUGUUCUGUAGUUGCUGUCGGGUGAGAGCCACUCCACAUGAAUUUGCUUUUCUGGUUAAAAUCUAUAUUUUGUUUCUCUUUGUCCGCCCGGAAAGCUGCAGACAUAGAAAGGCCCUUUCCGUUAGUUCGUUUGUGCAUGAAUUAUCUCUGUUGCCUACACGGCAACCGCGGCCUAAUUUCUCGAAAGAACAUUCAAAUAAAAACGCGGUUUGUUCCACGCCCCAGUGAGCGCAGACCGAACCAGUAUGUGUGUUCAUAUGCUUGGCGGUUUGUUAUGUUAAGACCAGAGCCUUAGUUUGACACCUUGCACAAUUUGUUUAAAAUGGACGGAUUACAUCACUGCACACUGUCAACCUUAUGCGUUCUGUUCAUUCGCUCUUAGCCGAUUGUUUUUGAAUUUCUAACCUUCUCUGUUGUGGCCACUCACAGUAUUUAUUCCUUCUGAUAUAUCUGUUGUUUUUUUUGUGUUUUAGCGGUAGAUGGAGUGUGGGUAUGUGAGUGAUUCGUUUUGAAGGUCCGGGUGUAAAGUAGGUACAUUUUAAGUUUAGGAUUGCAUUUGCCAAAAAAAAUGUACCUGUGUAAUCUGUUGCUUAAAACUUGGGAAAU